UUUAUUUGUGAUGGCUGACUUAAAGACUUCACGCAAAGGAAAGCCUAAAAACGAAGAUGACUUUAUUGAUGAUGAGGAAGAGGAUACUGAUGAUGAAGAAGUUGAAGAAAAGCAUUGUAUUUGUGAUUCUAGGGAUUAUUCAACUUUGAUGAUUUGUUGUGAUUAUUGUUCAAUUUGGUAUCAUACAAAAUGUGUUGGUAUAAAGAAAAAGGAUGUUGAGAAAAUUGAAAAAUUUGCUUGUCGUUCUUGCAAGAAAAAAGGAAAUGAAAUUGUUUAUAAAAAAGAAAAUGUCAAAACUACGAAAAAGAGAAAAGAAUCGACAGAGGAACAAGAAAACAACAAAAAAUCAAAAAUUGAAAUUAAACCUACAAAGAUUAUCAAAAAGGAGGAAUCUACUAUUCGAACAUUGGCGAGAAGUCCAAGCUUGGCAAAUUCAACAUUAGCCAAAGUAAAAGUUGAAAUUACAAAUAUUGAACCGAAAGAGAUCGGCAAUUCUUUACUGGCAAUAAAAAUCAAAGAAGAGCCGCCUUCAAAUAUUUCUUCAAUAAAUAUUCCAAAAAAUGACCACCAAAAGCUUCUUCCUCCAUCAAUAACAAUUAUUGAUGUAAUUAAGCCUCCUGCAAUUUCUCUAGCUCCAAUUCAAUUAAUUCCUCCAACAAUUUUAAAACAACAAAAAAUUCAAGAAGAAAAUCCAGAAUUGAGGUGUGAGAAUUGUAUUGGUUGUUUUAGGGAUGAGGAUUGUGGGAAAUGUGUUGUUUGUAUGCAAUCACAAAAUAAGGGCAAACUUUGUAUGCAAAGAAUUUGUGUUCAAGUGGAAGAGCUUUUUAAGAAAAAGUUAAAGAAGUCAGAAAAAGCUUUGUCUGAAACAUCAAGUAUUGAUUGUGAAGUUCAUGUAAGCACAAGAGGACGGAAACCAAAACAACAAUUAAAUGAUGAGACAAUUACUAAACAUCGCCGAAGUGUUGGAAUGUCAGAAAAACCAAAAGAAAAUGAGGAUUUGGCUUUACAACUUAAUAAAUUUUAUAACAAUUUAAUGCGUAAAAGGACAAAAGCUAGGAACAAUAAUGAGCUUCCAAUUGAACAUGAAGAAAAACAAUGUAUUGGACCUGAAUGUACAAAUUCGGUAAGACAAGGGUCGAAAUAUUGUUCCGAACGUUGUGGUUUGGCACUUGCACAGAUUAGACUCAAAACAAUUUUGCCCCAAAGAUUCAACGAUUUUUUCGCCAAAGUUCCUUCUAAACAAAUUGAGGAUAACAAAAAACUUAACAACGUCGAAGGACAAAUUACACAAAUUCAUCAAAAAUUGAAAAAAUUUGGAGAAUGGAAAGAAAAUGUUGAAAAUUUUUUAGCUGCAAUAAAAAAUGCACAGCCAACUGCGGAACGGCCAAAGAGUGGAGACGAUAAUUUUGUAGUGGGAUGUCCUGUUUGUGGAGGCGAAUUUCCCAUGCGUGAAAGUACUAAACAUAUUCAAUCUUGUUAUACGCGGUCUGAGAAACAAACAACUUAUGGAACUGAUUAUCCGAUUUGUGGAUGUCCUUUAAUUUGGUAUAAAAAUGGAAGUUGUUUAAAUUUUGAAUCUCUUUUUAUUUCUUCCGAUACAAUGAUAGCUGAUGGGGGUUAUUGUCAAGAGAAAAAUAAAAAUUGUCGUGCUCAUCAAAAUUGGAUUCAAACAGCCUUUAGUUUAAUUGACAAUGAACGUAUGAAUUUACUUAAUCAAUUAGAAGAAUUAAUUGAACAAAGAGGGUUUAUAUUGAAAACACUUACAGAAAGGGGAGAUGUACUUACACUUUUGUGCAGUCAAAGUCAGCGAUUGAGUAUUGAAAAAGAGGAUAAAAAGGAGGAAGACAACAAUGUUUCUAGUGGGGAAAAGACCGAUAGGGUAACUGAUUAG